AUGACCCAGACAAGCGAUACAGAUGACUUUGGCCAGCGCUCUGAACAAUAUCCGGCGUCUUCCAAUGAGAGUGGCGGUGAUCUCCAGUUCGUUGCUGUGCUUGAUAAUCAUGAGAUUACUUCGCGUUUUCGAUUGCCUGGUCAGGGCCAGCCCAUGGGCGCAGAGAUCGAUGUCGCCUCGGUCUCGAGACCAGAGUCGGCUGGUCUCUUCUCGGUCUGGCACUUCGCAUCGCCCAAGCACUGUCACUACAUUUGCCUGAACCUAGCCAUCUGGAAGAGAAAUACGAAGCGUUUGCGGCAUGACAUUGGCUUUCACGGCGUAAAAACCGCCAUGGAGCGUGCCUCUGGGCUGAUUAUGCAAGCAAGUUGGUUUGAUUCGCAUUUACUUGUCAAUGCCAACGACAGCGACAUCGCGUUGAACUUGGACUAUCGGAUCACGGAAUCUGCAAGACUUUACCGAACCCACAGUCAAGUCCUCGACGUCCAACGACCAGCGGCGAAACUCCUCCGAAAAUCCUGA